AUGCAUGCCCUGCCUACCCCUGGACCCUCUUCCUUCCCACCCCGGAAGAGGGCUGCCCUGCGCGGCCAACUUCAGCAACAAAAAUUGAUUAUCCUCAAGCAUCCGGAGCACACUUCCAGUGGUGACUGCAUGCAGAGUGCACAAAAGCUACAGUCUUUAGAACACCACGAAGAGCGCAUCUGGUGUGUACAAUGGAACCACACGGGCUCCAUCUUGGCAUCCUGUGGUGAGGACAAGUCGCUUUGCCUUUGGGUCUUGGAGGGUACCUCAUGGAAACUUUCGAACUCUGCGAAUGAUAAUCAUACGAAGACAAUUCGGGCACUUGCGUGGUCUCCUUGCGACAGAUACCUAGCUACCGCAAGUUUUGAUGCUAGUGUCGUUAUCAUGCGCGUGGCAAAAUCGGAAUCUGAAAUCGAGUUGCAAUCCAUCGCUAUACUUGAAGGACAUGCGAAUGAGGUUAAGUGUGUCGCAUGGGCUAUUUCGGGCCAUCUUCUUGCCACUUGUGGUCGAGAUAAAAGCGUUUGGGUUUGGGAGUUUGACGACGAAGAGGAUUGUCAGUGCGUUAGCGUUCUCCAACCGCAUUCUGCUGAUGUGAAGUCCGUGUUCUGGCAUCCGAUUAAGGAGAUUCUUGGUUCCACCAGUUAUGACAACACAAUCAACCUCUAUAAGGAAGAACUAGACGACUGGGUCGUCGCCUGUAAAUUAGUUGGUCAUGAGUCUACCGUCUGGAAGGCACAGUUUUCGCCUUCUGGUCAGCAUUUGGCUUCUGCUAGCGAAGACAAAACUCUUCGGAUCUGGACCGAAAUGCCCGACUCGAAGCCCUUCCACUGGGUCUGCUGCAUGACUAUUUCGGAUGCGCAUUCGCAACCUGUCUACGACUUGGCAUGGUUAGUUCCUCUCAGGUUAAUUUGCUUUUUUUGGUUUUGCACGUAA